AUGAGCCGCGCGGGGGGAUCUUCAUCGGGGGCAGCGCUUGCCGUUGGAGCUGCUCUGGGCCUGGGAGCUGCAGCGGCAGGAGCCCUUGCCGUGGCCCUCCUGUCCAGCCAGAAAAGCAACAAGGCUCAGCCCCUGACGAAGGAGGCUUGGAAGCAGGCCCAUGAUGAGGGAGGGAGGGUGGUGGACUUUGCUGGCAUCCUGGAGCAGAUCCGAAUGGGGGGGUGUGACCCCGAUGUAAGGGAGGAGGUGUGGCCCUACUUGCUGCGGCUGGUGAGCCCCAGCAGCACAGCGGAGCAGCGCAGCACCCUCAGAGCCGACCUUGCGCGCCGCUACAGCGACCUGCUGCAGCGCUGCCAGGACCUGGAGACGUUGCUGGACAGUGCGGUGGUGCGCACCGGCAGCAGCGUGGCAGUCGCGGAGAACACCGGCGCGGCGCGUUCCGUGCCGGCGCACCUUGCGCAAUUUGCAGAGGCGCAGCGCAUCAUCGUUCUGGACGCCAUCCGUACAGAUCUGCUGCAGCCGGACGCCGCCUCCGAAUCCUCCCACAGAACCAAUGGCGCCAUGAAUGGCCUGGUGCCCUCAGCGGACAGGAGAGGGGGAGGGCCCUGGCUGGGCAGGGUGGCCGAAGAGACGCUUUUCAAUGCCACACACCUGUCACCGGCGUCCAGGAAGGCUGCCGCGCGCUUGAUACACCUCCUCUCCGCUUACGCCGUGCACGACCCGGAGACCGGCUACUGUCAAGGAAUGUCGGAUCUGGCUGCGCCAUUUCUGACGAUCUUUGAGGACGACUACAUGGCCUACUGGUGCUUUGAGAGGCUCCUGCAGCGCACCAGCAAGAACUUCCGCCAUGACGAGGUCGGCAUGAGGGAGCAGCUGAGGGGGCUGGCCAGGAUAUUGGAGCAGGCGGAUCCGGUCGUGUUCCACCACUUGCGCCAGAUUGGCGCGGGCGAGUGCUUCUUUGCAUACCGCAUGGUCAUCGUGCAGCUGCGCCGCGAGCUCCCCGCGGUGACCCUGUGGGAGAUUCUUUGGGCGGAUGACUACUGGCAACGGCUUGGCAGCUGGACCCCUCCAAGCUUGAGCAGGCCCUCCUCGGGCUCGGAGCAGCCCUCAGUCCCAGGGACGGCCCCUGACCUGCUGCUGUUCUUCAUUGCUGCCGUGGCCCUGCGCCAGAGGAGGCGCCUGAUUGACGAGUGCCGGGAUCAGGAUGACACUCUGCGGCUCUUCAACAGUCUCAGGAUCGACCUGUGGGGGUCUCUGCGCUCGGCUCGUGGCCUCCAGCGCUCCCUGGCAGCGCAGUAUCAGCCCAGCAGCAGUGUCUACUGA